UUACUGUCAUGCUGUGUGAAACAUAAAUAAAGCGUAUUAAUUUUAUUAAAUCAUGACUUAAUACUCAAUUAUAAAUUGUUAAAAUGAAAUAAUUCACGUAGAAAAUCAACUAGAAGUAACAUAUUUUGUUUUAAUUAAUGACAUUAUGGAUGGUUUAAUUCACGCGGCAUUGGAAGCAGAGGUAAUACUUAAUCGUGCCAAACAUGUGAAUUCAAACAUAACGCAUUUUGACAGUGGUGUCGCAGACCAUAAAAUGACUUGGACCCAUGAAAAAAUGCAUUUAGCAGAAACGGUUGAUGAUACCAGGAUGAAAUUUCAACGAAGUGGAAAUAGUUCUACGACUAAAUCGAGCGAAAAGUUUGAUUUAUUUAAGAAGUUACACGAACUUUACAAUGAUUUAAGUAGGGAUGAAUUAUCCCAAGCGAGCUAUCAAGGACUCAAAACAACUUCGUAUUUGCUGGAAAAGCUCUUAGCUACAUAUAAUCUUAACACAUUAAUUAUCAACUUGUAUCCUGGAAAUAAAGGCUACUCACUUUCUCUCAAAGUUAACGGAAAUACACAGCUAUUAACACCACCACCAGAUGGAAGUACAUCUGCAAAUCAGGAUGAAACCUUGAUAGAAACUCCCCGGUGGCCAUAUGAAGAGGAAGAACUUCUAAGUUACCUAGACAAUGAAGAGCUACCGGUGGUGCUAUUAGAUCUACUGGAAUCUGAACAUUCAUGUUUAUUUUACUCUGGAUGCAUUAUUGCUCAAGUCCGAGAUUAUAGACAAGCAUAUCCUAGUUUCAUGUGCGAUACACAUCAUGUUCUUUUGAGGCCUACAAACCAGAGUAUAAUAACGGACGCCAUGUGCAUUGGAAGUAGAUGUGGAUGGGUUGGUGAAGAGCGUAGUGCAAUAGAGGCAGUGGAGGCCGCCCUGGUACACGCGUCGGCGCCACCACUCUGCCUGGAGCCAAGGCCGGCUGUUGGGUUGUUGGCUGCUAGAUUACAUGCUGCACCAAGAUUGUUCAAUACGCCAAGAGUAAGGCGGCAAGCGAGGCGGUUUUCUCAGGUUGCUGUGAAUAGGAAAAGGAAAUUGGACCAGUUCACACACUAUCAUGGCUUGGAGCUUCUAGAACUUAUUCAUAGACAAAGGGCAAAGAAUAGUAGACAAUCCGUUCCUCAUACAAGGCUCACUUCUAAAUUUCCUAAGAAGCCACCAGAGGUGUUCAAACCAAUUGAGCCCCCGAAAAUGGAACCAUUACCUUUAGCCCCACCAUCGGAGCCGAGCGGCCCGCUUCGGGUUGCCAGAGCGUACGAACGACCGCGCCCGACACCCGAUUGUCAGCCACAGUUGGUUGAAGAAUAUAUAUUGGAAACUGAGAAGACAUCACCGCACACUGGCGCUGGAUUUUUCCAUAUAAAACUCAGUAUACUGCAGAGGCCAUCAGACCAGGAGUUCCUUGGGGAGCUUUAUGUCGAUAGAGAUCAUGUGGAGGGGGAGAAGAAUGGUGCGGCGUGUCGGUUUACGCUUGGUUCACGCCUCCAAGCGAACAAGUACAUACAACAGUUCACGGAGAUAUUUACAGAAGAAGGGCGUAAAUCUGUGAGAAUAAAACACAUUGUACCUGGACAACUGCCUAGAGUUUCAUUCACGGGUGGCAUGAGGGAAAUUCAACAAGGACAGCAACAGUUGCUACUUCAGCAGCGGUCUGCGGCAGCGAGUAACGCCACGGUACAAACCACUACGGUCCCUGUUGUGACAUCGGCUAUAUCAACGCCAGCCGUUCAUCCAAAUACCAGACAACUACCGAUAUUGCAGGCGCAACUUCAGCAAGUUGCUGCUGUUGGCAAUGUUGGAAACGUGGCAACUGUUGGCACAGUUGUCGGGACUGUGGGUAACGUUGGCAACGUUGGCGCUGUCGGCACUGUCGGCACUGUCGUUGGCAGUGUGGGAAGUGUUGGCACCGUCGUCGGCACCGUCGGCAAUGUUGCCACUGUGGUUGGCACCGUGGGGAACGUGACGACUGUGCCGGCGGUGGCCAGUGUACCGCCAGUGGCUGGAGUGGCAGUUGAAACGGCGCUAAAGCAGCAACCGUCUCCUACGCCAAGAUUGUCACCGCAAGUCCAUGACAUACAUUCAACACAGGCGUCAACUAACCAGUUGCUGGCUCAGCAAUUAACGAAUCCGCCUCAACCGCUCAAUCCGCAGAAGAUGCAGUCCGCCAUUAUCCACAUACAGCAUCCUUUGAUGUCUACCACUGGAACAUCACAGGUGCAAACAAUACAGUACACAACGGCGACGACGGCUCAACAAAAAGCAACCGUCUCAAAGCCGAGGUCAACGAAUCCAGCCAUCAAUGCUCUAGUCACGAGUCUCAUGAACUCUGCGCAGCAGUUCCAACAAGCUGCAAAUCAAAACGCUGCAAAAUCGGUGGCCAGCACGGCAAGUAGUAACGCCACGAUACUGAAUCUGCUGAACAGCGCCCCGGCGGCCAUGACACAUGUGACGUCAUCGGCCGAUAACUCCCUAGAGCACAAGCUGUUGACACGAACGGUGUCCAUUGCUGGUGGCAGGCUCAUAGCCACAACGACGACCGCGCAUACGCUGCCUACGUACUCGCAUCAGGUGAGGGUCAUGAGCGGCUAUACACGCGACAGUGAAUCGACGAACGUGUCGAGUAGCGAGAGCGCGUUGCUGGAGAGGCUGAUGGGAGACGACUCGCAGACUCACACGCCCCAACAGCCCCAACAGACGCAACCCGUUUGUCAUUUGCAGGGCGUAAGUCUCGCGUCUCUCCAGACAUUACAAAGUCUGCCAGGUCUGGCGGGGCUCCAGGGCGUGCAGAACGUUCAAGUCCAGAUCCCAGGUCUAUCGGCGCCCAUCUCCCUUUCACUGAACGUCUCCGGCGCUUCCAGUGGGUUACUGGUUUCGGUCCCACCCACGACGUCAGUGGUGCUGGCUAACCAACCCUCGGUGCUAAGUUUGCCUAUAGCUCAGCUCAUGGCGUCAGGUGUAAAGGCAGGUGUAAGAGGCGGGACGGUUCAAGUGGUGCGAGGGGCGCGGCCGGCCCGGCUUGCGCGACCCGUCACGAGGCCAACCUUACAGCCCGCGGGAACAGCUCAAUUCAUCACCCAACCGCAGACACAGACCCUGAACGUACACCAAGUGCGACGGAAAUCGAACCCUGACAGCUCAUAGUAAAAACUUUUCAUACACCACACUGCCAUUAGCUAAUUGUAAAUAUGUAUAUAUAUGUGUAGGACAGUGAUGCGUGUAAUGUGCAAUAUAUAAUUGUGUUAUAUAUAAGAAAUGUGGAAGGAGAAGGUUUUUAUUUAAUAUUUAUAGUCCAGUCAAUUUUUUCAAGCAUUUGUGCUUCAGCGUGCAACAAAUCCCAGAGGCCGUAGGUUCGAUCGUCGGCUGCACCAAUGGACACAGAAAUCUGAGGCCUAGCGUUAAAAAGGUUGUAGCACCACUUUUUUUUGUAUAAAUUAGUUUAAGCGCGUUGAUGGAAAUCGCUGGGCUAUAUAUUUUAACACCAUAUUUCUUUAUACGAAAUCGCCGCAAGAGACUGACAAAUUAAUUUUGCUAUUUUUAUAAGCUCCUUGAUACUAAUGCUGUCGAGACAUUUGGUUUUGGAGUCCCAAGUUUGAUACGUACGUACUAAGGAAUAUAAGGAUUUUUGGUCAUUUAAAUUCGAUAUAAAAACAAUGUUGGACUUGCUUGUAGCAGGAAGAGUGGACGUGGACUACAGAUAGAACUGUAUUUUGUUGCCAUGGUUACGAUGUUUUCGUGGAAGAUAACCAUGGUAACAAUAUUUAGUCCACGUUUUACAAAAGCGUAUUUGUCUUCGGUUUUUUUGGGUUUAAAAAACACGGACUAAAGAUGGUACCAAGUUUGUUGCCAUAGUAACGAUUUAAUUGUAACCAUGGUAGCAUACUUGGUACUACCAGUUUUUAUGGUAACCAUGGCAACAAAUCUUUAUUCCUUUUUUAUAAAAGCGUAAUUGUCCUCGGUUUCAUUUUUGGGUUUAUAAAACACGGACUAUAGACAGGAACUAGUUUGUUACCGUAGUAACAAUGUAACCAUGGUAACAUAUUUGGUAAUACCACGUUUUCACGUUAUAGCCAACAAACAGUAUCUUUAUUUUUUUUGAUUUUAUAGUGAAGCUUGGGGUUGACACUCGAAUAGUCUAUUAAGAGCAUUUUAUAUUUUUGACGUCACAAAGUAAUAAUCUAAUAUUAAACUAUGAUAUUUAAACAUUGUAAAAUAUAUC